CCGGGCUGGGCUGAGCGGCGCUGGGCGCAGGUUUUGCUGGGGUGCUGCCGGGGCGACAGGGAAUUUGCCCCCCUUGGUUUGACUUUAAAUAUUGUUUUUUUUACAAAAACAAAAAAACAAAACGCCGCACUAAAAGUUAAAUUAAAGAAUCUGGCAUAAUAUUCUGCAGCAUGAAAGUUGCUUUUGUCCUCGCCCUGGCGGUAACCUUCAUCGGAGGCAAACUAUCCGUUCCUGUUGGGCAAGAGAAAACGGGACAGGAAUUGGCGACGCGCUGCGUGGUUGAAGUCUUGUCCAAGGCUCUUUCCAAGGCAAACGCUCCGCCAGUGCAUCCUCAAUGCAGGGAUUUCUUAAGAGCAGGGUUAAAACAUGAAACUGAAAAGAAGAGAGAAGAAGAAACUGCCCCAUUUGAGGGAAGGAGAAGCCAAGAGCAGGAUGAGGUCAGACGGCAAGCAGAGGUGACAAACAUCAGGGGAGGAGACCCACAAGGGGACACAGAGGAGGCAGAGUAUGCGGAGAACUUCUUAAAGGCACUUCAAGAGGAUGAGCACCACCUUCAAAACGGAGGGAGCCAGGAAACCAUCACAAGCUCUGAGGAAAAAAGAAGCACGGAUUACCACGCAAAUGACGAUGAGGAAGAUGGAGCAUCUAAACACAGCCACCAAAAUGAUGAGGUGGUCAGGGAGGUAUCUGUCCACAGUGAUCAGAGGAGCAGAGAGCCCCCCGAAGAAAAGAGGUCCGACACCGAGGACAACGAUGAAAACACCAGGGAAAUCUGGGGACCGGCACAUGGCCACCAUCAGAACAAGCACAGGAGAAGUGGAGACUCAUUUGAAGAAGGAGCGUCAGAAAAGUCAGAAGAAAGUGAGACUGAAGAGAGAGAGAAACGCAUAUGGAAGCCAACUCACAGAUACCAUCACAAGAAGCACAGGAGAAGUGGAGACUCUUAUGAAGAUGAAGCCUCAGAAGAAGAAACUGAAGACAGAGAGAAACGCAUAUGGAAGCCAACUCACAGAUACCAUCACAAGAAGCACAGGAGAAGUGGAGACUCUUAUGAAGAUGAAGCCUCAGAAGAAGAAACUGAAGACAGAGAGAAACGCAUAUGGAAGCCAACUCACAGAUACCAUCACAAGAAGCACAGGAGAAGUGGAGACUCUUAUGAAGACGAACACUAUAUAGAUCCAGAGGAAGAUGAAGAUGAAGAGAAACAAGUCUGGAAUCUAGCUCAUGAAGUUCAGGACCUCAAGAACAAGCGGAAGAGAGGUUCUUCUGAAGAGGAAGACCAGGACUUACUAAGCAUGCAAGAAAGGAAUCAUGAAUUUUCAGAGGAUGAUGAAGCCAAAGCAAAGAGAAUUUGGAGACCUACUCAUACAUACCACCCACAUAAAGAGAGAAGAAAAGGAGAUUCUUCAGAGGAGGAAGAAAGGAGAAACAUACCCGAUGAAGGUGAGGAGGAUGAGAGAGAAAAGCCAUAUUACAGAAGGAAAAAGGAGGAUCAGUCAAGUGAGAUGCUUGAGGAUGACUAUAAGCGACACAACUUGAAGGGUGAUGAAGACCUGAGUAAAAGGCAUUAUCAUUUAGAAGAGAGACGCUAUUCCUACGGGGAUGAGAUCCCUCACCAUGAUGAAUCGGACAAAGAUGAGGGAGAGGAACUGCAAGAAGAUAAAGCAAAGGUCCUCAGAUUCCUUGUAAAAAGGGGGGAUGGGGCUGAAGGCCAGAGCGAGGAGGAGGAAGAGGAGCGAUCCCCUUGGGAGGAGCAGGAGUACCAUCACCCUGCGUGGUGGAAGCACAGCCCCGCACGAGGAGAGAUGGAGGAGAGCAAUCAAGCGGACCUGGACUGGUGGGGCGGAAGACAAGCUGCUGUGGAGACCGACCCACCCCACCUCCAAGAGACCAGGCCACACCUGAGCAGCGAGAUGGUGGAACUGGCCAAACUCCUGAAUCACAAGAAAGCAGGGGUCCCUGGAAUUCUGCAGCCGCAGAAAAGUAGGAGUCUACACCAUCGGCCUCUCACUCCUGAAGAGGAGAAGGAGCUGGAGAACCUGGCGGCGAUGGACAUUGAGCUACAGAAGAUCGCGGAGAAGAUUCACGAAAAGGAGCGAGAAUGACCCCGAUGAGAACCAGCAGCGACGAUACGAUGGGAAAGGCAUCCACAGCU